AUGGUAAUGGGCUCCCCAGGGUGGCGGGGGGACCCGGGUCCUACCUUACAUCCCACCAUUUACCAUGCUAAGGCUUUGUUGGACUACCUGACAACAAUAGCAAAACUUAAGGUUCGUGUGUUUUGUGACUUACAUGGUCACUCACGGCAGAAGAACGUGUUUAUGUAUGGAUGUUCACGUAUGCAGUCAUGGUGGCCAGGGGACAAGGAUUUGCCUGAUAAUCCUGAUUUCAUGCUUUUGCCACAACUUGCUCAAAAGUACAUGAAGACAUUUUCCCUUCGUGACUGCCACUUUUUAAUAGAACGAGCAAGGGAAUCCACGGCACGUGUGGCAGUGUGGAGACAGUUCAACAUUCCUAUGUCUUACACAAUGGAGGCAUCUACCUGCGGGUGUGAUCAAGGAAAAUACAAAAACAAACACUUGGGCACAAACCAGUUGAUGGAAUCGGGCGAAGCCUUUUGUUUUGCCCUCUCGUAUCUGGUCACUCCACCAGAGGCUGCUAACUCCCAACAGACGUUAGACUCCAAUAGGAUUGAGCAUCAUCCUAGAAUGGUAUCAGAAAGAAGCCUCGGAGAUUUUUCUCAGGAAGUUGUCUUCUGGAGUGAAGAUCUAGAUGAUGAUCUCGACUCGGAUGAUGAUCUAGACCUGGAUCUGUAUGGACCUAUGUAGUGCUUUUCUGUCUUUACACUGACAUAACUGGAUUACUAGGGUAAGGUUAAGGUCAUCAACCUUUCAGAGGUACAGUAUGUGUAUUUCAUAUCUACAAUUUUUUUUUAGUUACAAUGAUUUUACAUGCAAAGAUAAAAGCACAGUUGUGUUAAUUAUAAGAGAUUUCAGUAACAUUCUUGUACUGUUAAUGUUUCAAUAGUUUAUACAUAGUUACAAAUUAUUUGUAUAGAUAAAGAAUACUGUACUUGAAUUGCUAGCAAUUUCUUAUUUAAACACUCGAAAAAUGACAAAAUGAAUUAUGGUUAGUUUUCCACAAUAUGAAAAAUGCACUCCUUUUUGGGAGAUUAAUAAUACUCAUAAGUAUAGCACUUUUUUUAUAUUUAGUGUUGCUAUUUUUAAUGUUUGAUGUAUUUGUGUAUCCUUUGUUUACAUUAUCAUUAAAGUGCUAAUCUCGAAAGGGUCAUACAGUGCUGAUUCAUAUCCUUUAGAUGCCUUCAUGCUUGUUAGACUCCCUUUCCAUAUACAGUAGUUAUUAAAUCUUAAUUUACAUUUAAAUUGAUAUUUUUUUGUGCUUGAAGGCAAGAUAAAAUUUAAAGAACUUUUAAUUAUUUUGUAGUAUUUUACUUUAAUUUUUUUUUUUUUUUUUGCUAAAAGAUUUAAAAAAAUGGUAAAUAUAAUUAGAGUAAAAUACAAGGUAGUUAUUGGUAAAUAUAAUAAGGUAAAAUAAUUAUUGUUGAAAAUUAAAAUUUGGUACAGUGGACCCCCGGUUUUCGUCCAGUGCGGAAAUCGUACAAUUUGGAUUUCGAGCACUUUUUUCGGCAAAAUUUUUCCCCAGGUUUCGUACAUCUACUCAGAAAUUGUCCAUAUCAGACAUAUCCACCCACCCGGGACGCUGCUUCUCAUGCGUACCAGACUCAGUCUGCCUCUGUCUCUCGUUACGUUAGCAAUACUCCGCGCGUUCAUCCAUUGUUUUUUGUGCUUGUUUAUUGAUUGUGACUGUGAAAUAAGCCACCAUAGGGCCAAAGAAAGUUCAGAGUGCCAGCCCUUUGGUAAGGGUGAGAAAUAUGAUAGAAUUAACCCUUUCAGGGACCAGAGGAGAAAUUUCAAAGUGUGCACCAGUGUCCAAGAAUUUAAAAAAAAAAAAAAAUUAUUUUUUUCUUAUGAAAUAGUAGAGAAUCUUUCUGGAGGUAAUAAAACAAAAAGUUUGAAAAUUGAUGGAAAAUUUACAAACUUUUGCUCUCACGAAUAUUGAUGUGUCAGCAAUAUUUACACAUCAGCGAUUUUGCCGACUUUGACUCCCAUUUUAGGCCUGUUACAUUAUUGCAGUGGACCAAAUUCUUAGCUAUUUCACUAGUAUUACAUCUAUUCUAUCGACUGAGCACAAGAAAUCGCCCAGUCAACUGUUUCAACUACAAAAUAAAGUGAUCGGAAAUUGGUAAUUUGGCCAAUUUAACACAAAGUUCAAAAUAUUCCAAUUUCAAAAUAGGUCCAGAAUAAACAAUGCAGGCAUUCCUGGCACUAAACUAACAUUUCCUCUGUUCAUUAGUUAUGUUUUCAGGCUUUACAAAUGAAUUCCAUUUUUAUUUUUUAUUCACAUAGUGAAUUUUUAUUCAAACCAAAAAAUAGAAGAUUUACUGUUAUGCAAUAUUGUAAUAAUUGUAUAAAUAAUAUUAACACAUUUGUGAACGUAUAUUAGACCCACCAGCUGGCAUGUAUUAGACGUGUGAGGUCAUUUGUUUACUCUUGAACAUUGGCAAAAAUUUAACAUUUCUGCUACUUUGAGCUCAUUUUCAAGCCAUUUCUAGUACUAAAACCAAUCAAAAUCAUCUCUAUUUCUGUAAUAUAUCUUCAGUUCUAUCAAAUGAGACCAAGAAAUCGCAAAUGCAACUAUAAAAAACAUACAAAAAAAAUGCAAAAUCGCUGUUUUAAUAGAAAAUUAUGGUCUCGUUUUUUCUCUCAUUAUGCACUGUGCUGCAGGAUUUGUUUUAUGUGGUGCACACAUACUACAUAGAUGUAUUCUCUCAUAUCUAGGCCCAAAUUUACCGCUCACAGCUUAUCAGAGUGAGCUGACCUCAUGGCGUAGAUCUAUGGUUUGGACCCUCAACGUAAAGCCGUAGAUCUAUGGCAUGGACCCUGACAGGGUUAAAGAAAGAACUUGUAGCAAAAUAUGAAAGUGGCAUACGUGUGGCCAAUUUUGCCAGGAUGUAUGGGAAGUUGACAUCAACAGUCAGUUCCAUCCUGGCAAAGAAGGUGAUGUUGGGAAAGGGGUAAAUAUAACAAAACAGAGAUCACAAACAAUUGAGGAUGUGGAGUUGUUGUUGUUGGUGUGGAUCAAUGAAAAAACAGCAGGAGAUAGUGUUGUGGAGGGGAUAAUUUGUGAAAAGGCAAGUCAGUUGGAUAUGGAUCUUGUAAAGAAAAUGCUUGGAACAAGUGGUGGUGGGGGUGAAUUUAACCCCUAAACGGUCCACACGUACAUAUACAUUCUUACCACUAGUGCCCCAAAUGUAUAUAUACGUUUUAUUUUUCCUACCUCCAAAUUUGGCACGAUUGGCCUGAGAUGCCUGGUCAGCAUAGACUGGGUCUAAACACUUGGUGUGCACAGUAUUAAAACAAUCUGGGACCACUUAGUACCUUGUGGGAGCACCAGUUAAAUAGAGCGCCAGCUAGAGAAAACAGCACAGCAAACACCAAGGAUUCACUGAUGUCAUGUGAUGUUGAUCCCAAGUUUAGUGGCUUUCAGGUGGAUGUGGCCACAAGUGGUCGAGGAAAUUUCAAAAACCUCAAUAAUAACCCGUGUGCAACAUUUGUGUAACACCCUUUGAGAAUGUCUUAUAACUUAUGCCCUAAGUAAAGAGAAACAAUUCUGGAACGUGUAAUAAGUGCUUGGCAGGCUGGCUGGGUGGCUGCCUGGCUGGCUCUAUCUCUGUCUGUCUCUGUCUUUCUGUCUCUCUCUCUGUUUCUACCUAUUUCUAUCUGUCUCACAGGUACACAAAUACAAUUAUAUGUAAAUAGUGUAAAUUACCUAGGGUAACCCAAAAAAUCCAGACGAAGUGCUAUACUGUGCUUGUAGAUAUAAUGCUUAAGAAUACCUGUUGGUUCACAGUGGUUCUCUCUGAGACAGAGAGACAAGCAGAGACAGACAGACAUGUUUAUGUGUAACAGUGAAAACAAAUAAAGCGUUGAUGCUCAUCAAAUGUCACCACUUAUCUUAUCACUGCACUAUCAGCAGUGGACUGACAUUUGGCUUACAUCAUGCUUCGAGGGAACUUAUUAUUAUUAUUGUAUACUCCCACAUAUCCAAAACAUUGCUGGGACCUAUAAAUACUUUGUAUAUAUUCCUAGACAGUAGUAAAUGACCAAGGCAGGUAUAAAUGUCUACCUGUCAGUGUGCUUGUGACAAUUUGAGUAUAAUUGCAGUACCUAAUAUUAGUGUCAGAACAAAGAUUGGUUAUGAAAUGACAAGAACUACUAUAAAUUGUAAUUAUCAGAACAUAAAAAUUAUAUAAAAUAUAAAAAUGAGAACAAAAGGUAUAUCGACAACACUACUGCAAGCAGGAGGACUCGAUGUUGCCAUCAGGUGAGCAUUAAGUGCCAACUUCACAGUCUCAUACCUGUAGGUACUGACCCUAAUUUUUUUUAUUUUAAUCCUACAACACUUAGAAAAAUGUUCAGGGCACUGGGCAAGAGAACUUAUAUAUACAUGUAUGUUUGGACCGUUUAGGGGUUAAGGCCAGCAAAGACUGGUUCAACAGAUUCAAGAAGUGAAGUGACAUACAGUGUGGUAAGGCCUUCUUCCAUAUGCCAACAAGAGUCUUCAAUAAAGGUAUGUAAUGUUCAAUUAUUAAAAUUAGUCAUUUAUAUUUAUUUCUCAUUGUUUUCUGUAUAUAAAACUAUAGUUAUUCUCUAUAAAAUGUAUUUUUGUUAAUAUUUUAGGGUGUCUGGAACGGAUUAAUUGGACUUACAGUGGACCCUCAACCAACGGCAUUAAUCUGUUCCAGAGAGCUAGCCAUUAGUCAAAUUAAUUUUCCCCAUAAGAAAUAAUGGAAAUCCAAUUAAUCUGUUUCAGACAGCCAAAAGUAUUAACAAAAAAUAUUUUUUUUAAAGAUUUAAUAUAAAUAUACAUACAGAAAACAAUGACAAAUAAAUAUAAAGCACAAAUAAAAUAGAUAAAUGAACAUAUAACAUCACACUUACCUUUAUUGAUUUAUCUUUACCGACUCGACUUGUUGGUGUAUGACAGACACGUAAGAGGCAAGAGGAAGACAAGUUUAUUAUGCUUCAAUAUGACGCUAAUAUCAUCUCAACGGCUUAUUUAUCUAUCACAAUUCAUCUAAUAUGACAUUAUAAACAACAUUAAUAACAGAAACAUGAUAUAUACUCUAGAAUGAAUAAAAUAUUUCAUAAUGUAUGAGAGGAGUAAAUGGUGUAAGUGUUGUUGUUGAGUUUAAAGGCCGCCACUGAGAGAAGCCGUGUUGGUGGCAGUGGAGGAUUUUGCCAGCACCACCAUCACACUUAAACAAUGUAUGUAAUUUAUAAAUAAGAAAUAUUUACAUUUUAAUUUAUAAAUAAGUUUAUUCAGGUAUACACAAAUACAGUUACAUAGAUUAUCAUACAUAGCAGCAUAUGUGUAAAGUACCUAGGAUAACCCAAAAAAGUCAGUGUGACUUGCAUAUUUCCAUUGGGGUCCUUUUAUAUUUACACUUAAUAUAUUUACUUUUAUGCUUACACUUUUAUAUUUACACUUACCUUGGAGAUGUUAGUUUGAUAGAGGAGAUGCUGGCAGAGGUUUAGGAUAGUGGAAGAUAGCAGGCUGGUGUAAGUUCAGCGGAUGUACACACAUCCAAGAACAUUGGAGAUUAUUAUUAUAAUCAAGGGGGAAGCGCUAAACCCUGAGGAUUAUACAGCGCCUGGGGGGGGGGAUGUGGAAGGCAUUCAGACUUAAUUCGGGGAACUGGAGCACAGAUCCAAUUCCCUAAAUCAAGAGCCCCUCACCAACAAGAACAUUGGAGAGUUACUUUCCUGUCGUUUUUCUAUUGCUUACUCGCUUAACUUACUUGCUACACUGUUAAUUCUACACUUUAUCGCUGGCUGGCACUAUAGCCUUUAUCGAUACCUGCUGCUUUAGUAUCGUACAUAUCGUAGAAUCAGUGAAUCAGCAGAAGGUACAUUCUCCCCUCUCUCUUCCUCCCCCACUUUGGUACUUUGCUACGAGUUUUUUCUUGAAUUUUAUUGUGUUUCUUUCUUCUUUAUCACAGGGGUGGCACUAGAAACUUUCUUUGGGCUUAUUUAGCAGUUACAAGUACUAAAAAUACUGGAAUACAAAAUAUAUCGUAGGUACACUUGGAAACGACCAAAACGGCUUGUAAACACUGGCUGUACAUGGAGUCUUGGAGUGGCUGGGCCUGCUCAGGCCGUGCUCCGGCCCCAUGGACAAGUUCGGGACGAACAUCGUUAGAUGAGUUUUUUGCCGUUGGUAGAGCCAUUUUUUUUAUGCCAAAGAGCGCCGUUAGACGAAUUUGCCGUUACUUGAUGUCACCAUUAGUCGAGGGUCCACUGUGCAUUAUUUCUUAUGGGAAAUAUUACUUCAGUUUUCAUCCAUUUCGGAUUUCAGCCGACCUUCUGGAACGGAUUAACGACGAAAACCGGGGUAUUACUGUAUACAAUAUCUUUGGAAGUUACUACACUACAUACAUUAAAUAAGAGCUUUCACCCUCCGUGUAGUGUUAUAGCUUUCAGGAUUAUUUAUGCAUAAAGGUUUUAUUUUAAUUGAAUUCUUGAAACUUUUACUAUAUUUUUUAUUUACUGUUGUAAGGAAAAUUACUCAGAAUUACAACAUACAUUUUAAAAGUAGGUGUGGGCAUUGAGGCCAAUAUCAAACAUUCCAGGGAGGUAUUAAAUACAGUAAGAAAUGUGUGUAUUUCAGAAUUAGGCUAUACAGGUCUCCCUCAACAUUCGCAUUUUCCACUUUCGCAGGCUUCAAACAUUAGCGAAUUCCCAGCCACCCAAUCAUAUUUCAAAUAUGUCAUUAUGUAUGUUAGGAAUUGUGGCGGUGGCAGUGUGUGUUUGGAGAUAGGACAAAAUAGUCCUUCAAUAUGACACUAAUAUCAACUCUACGGCUUAUUUAUCUAUCACAAUUCAUCAAAUAUGACAUAAUAAACAAUAUUAAUAACAUGGAAACAUGACAUAUAUUCUAGAAUGAGUAAAAUACAUCAUUAAGUAUGUCACAAGUGUUAUUGUGUUGGUUGUAUUAGGGCCACUGAGACAUAAGCCUUACAUAGUGGUGGUGGAGGCGGUAGAGACGGCAGUGUUGUCAGUCACCCUAUAUAACUCCAACAACAUUGGAGGAGUUAGUUUCAUGCUGUACUUUUUCUAUCAAUUAAUCGCUAAACUUACUUGCUACGCUGUUAAUGCUACACUUUAUCACUGGCUGGCGCUAUAACCUUUAUCGACUCAUGCUGCUUUAGUAUCAUACAUAUUGUAGAAUCGCUGAAGGCACAUUUUCCCCUCUCUCUUCCUCGUCCACUUUGGUACUCUUCUACGAGUUCUUUCUUGAUCUAUAGUUUUUUCACCUUUACCAUACAAUAUUUUACGAUGUUUUCGUGUGUUUUAUGAUUGUUCAUGGUUCAGUAGGUUAAGGAAGCAGUGUUGUUAGGCUAAGUAUAUGCUAUUAUUAUAUUUCCCUACAAUACAUAUUGGGCACCAAACAUUCACGAUUUUUCAACCCUUGUGAAUGUGGAGGGAAAUCUGUACUCUAAAUUGCUCACAAAAGGAAGAAAAUGUAUACAGGUCUUCAACAUUCGCGAGGGUUAGAGGGUAAAGAAUGUCACGAAUGUUGAAAAAUUGCGAAUGUUUGGUGCCCCAAUAUAUUGUAGGGAAAUAUAAUACAAUACUGCUUCCUUAACCUAUUGAACCAUGAACAAUCAUAAAAUACAUGAAAACUUCGUAAAAUAUUGUACUAGUACCACCCCUUUGGUAAAGGUGAAAAAAAAACUAUAGAAUUCAAGAAAGAACUCAUAGCAGAGUACCAAAGUGGAGGAGGAAGAGAGAGGGGAGAAUGUACCUUCUUCAGUGAUUCUGUGAUUCUACGAUAUGUACAAUACUAAAGCAGCACAAGUCGAUAAAGGCUAUAGCGCCAGCCAGCGAUAAAGUGUAGAAUUAACUGUGUAGCAAGUAAGUUAAGCGAUUAAUCGAUAGAAAAAGGACAGCAUGAACCUAACUCCUCCAAUUUUGUUGGAGUUAUAUAAGGUGACUAACAACACUGCCGUCUAUAGUCUCUACCGCUGCUGCCGCCUCCACCACCACUACGUACGGCUUAUGUCUCAGUGGCCCUUAUACAACAACAACACAGCAACACUCGCGACAUACUUAACCCUUUGACUGUUUCAAGCCCCUCUCUGAAACUGUCAUUCUAUGUCGCCAAAUAUUCGAAAAAAAAAAAAUUAUUUCUUAUGAAAAUGUUAGGAAUAUUUUUGCGAGUGUUUUAAGCCUAAAAAAAAUUUUUUGCCAUCAGUACUUACCAAGAUAUAGAGCCGCAAAGUUUGCAAAAAGUGACGUGCGUACGGCAACAGCGGCGACUGCCGCCCACCCGGUAUUCUUUUAUUUACUCUAAUUCAAAGGUUUCUUGCAUUUUUCAAUAUUUUUCUGUUCCAGGUAACUUAUGUGGCCUGUGAGACCAAUGUAAGGUGCAUUGUUCAAAUAUACACUCAUUAUUUACAACACAAUAACAGAACAAACUUUAUCACUAUUAGUUUGUGUAUACACUUUGUUUACACAAACAAACAAUACAAAACAAUGUUUAUUACUAUUGUUCCAUAAUAUAUAUACAUAUGUACAGUCACUAAACACGUUCCUAGAACUGCUGCAGCUUGUGGAACUCUUUGAAACAUGGGUAUAUGUAGAGGGGCACUUCACACUCCUCACACAUAAAACGAGUGUCUCUGCGUGUUUGUGGUAUGUGUACAUACAUAACACCUCUUCUGAGCAUUUUUCUUGGCAGUUGUAUGGGGUAGUGAUCACCAGGCCUGAAACGAGAUGACGUGUGUGGGCGCUGGUCUAUUGCAGGAGUUGCUCCUUGGUACUUUGCAAUUAUUUGUCUGCCAGUGUACACAAUGAUAUCCAAAACUAGACCACUUCUGCAAUCACACAGUACAAAUAGCUUUAUACCAAAGCGUUUCCUCUUGCUUGGUAUAUAUUGCUUGAAUGAGAGUCUUCCUUUGAAUAAAAUCAAGGACUCAUCAAUAACAAGCUUCCUGAAGGGAUAAAAAUACAUGCAGCACUUUUGUUUCAGGUACAUAAACACAUUUCUGAUCUUAUAUAACCUGUCGCUUCUGUCAGGCCUGGUUUUGUCUGAAAAGUGUAACAUACAUAACAGUAUCAGGAAACGAUUGACACCUAUAAUGUCACUAAAACCUGGAGUUGAAAUCAGACGUUCUGUUGCCCAGUAUGUGGUGACAGUGUGCUUAUACACAUGUGGCAUAAGCAUUAUUGUGGCAAAAAACAGGUACAUCUCUGCAACAGUUGUCUCCUUCCACUUGUGUAGCCUUGAUUUUGGUGAGAGAAUUGUAUUUGCCAUGGUGUAAUCACAGUAUGUGUUUGUUUCCCUGACAAUGAUGUCCAUCAGGGGUUCAUCGAAGAAUAACUCAAAGCAGUCCAGUUCACUGGCAUUGUUCCCAAGUGGACAAGAUGGCUUUAUUCCACUUUGUGUUUCAUCAAAGUUAUGGGGACUGGGAACAAACUCGUCACCGUCCUGCCAAUCCCGGAUGCGGUCUGCUGGUGGGGUCUGGACAUUGUACCGUGUUGUGGUUGUGGGAGUGUGGGGUAGGGCGAGGCUGGUUGUUGUGCAGAGUCAGCAGCGUGGGUAGUAGCGUGGUCCGCUGAUGGUGCCACAUGGGCCGUGCCACCCUCACUAUCACCACCACUGCCUGCUCCAUCACUCACAUCAUUCAUACCCAUCGUUACAAUAUCGUCAUCUUCACUAUCAGGUCGUGGUGUAGGGCCACGGGAUGUGCUCCCAGAGUUUCUCCUUCCCCUUGGAACAACAUAUGAAACACUACCAGACCUCAUGCUACGUCAUACAUACUGCCGCUUCACUGGGGAAUAUUCACUCUCACUGUCACUAGAACUGCUUUCAAUGACCUUGAAAUCACUAUCACUGCUAACAUCUGGGUGUUGUACACGACCAAAUAGUUUCCUCUUUCGUCCUGGUACAGGCGAACGUGAACGUGAACAAGCCGGCCCCAGCACCAGAGGUGGAAGGUUGUGGGUCAUCUGGGUUUUCAUCACUAAUUACGUUAUCCUGGGCACUUUUCCGGUAACACUCACUUCAAAACCCUGGAAUUCACUGUCACUGACAUUUUCAUCGCUGUUAGAGCUAUCACUUGGGAACAAAAGACCUCCAAUCCGCCGAGGAGUGAGGAACUUCUUACCGAGAGGCAUGGUGAAAAUGAACUAACAACAUGGCGUUCCCACAAUGCACCGCUGGGUCCCAGAUUUUUUUCACAGGGUGCACACCGACCACUGAGACCCAUUCUCUCUCAUGUAGGCCUACCAGGCCUUUCCCGCUUGAUUUGAAGCCGCUAGAAUUUGUGCGUAUAAAUACGUCAGAAACAUUGGCUCGUAAGACGUAUUUAUAUGUCGGAAACAGUCAAAGGGUUAAUGACCUAUGUUAUUCAUUCUAGAGCAUAUGUCAUGUUUCUAUGUUAUUAAUAUUGUUUAUUAUGUCAUAUUAGAUGAAUUGUGAUAGAUAAAUAAGCCGUAGAGUUGAUAUUAGCGUCAUAUUGAAGGACUAUCUUGUUCUGUCUCCAAACAAACUCUGCCACUGCCACAAUUCUUAACAUAUUUAAUGACAUAUUUUAAAUAUGAUUGGGCAGCUGGAAAUUCACGAAUGUUCGAAGACCGCGAAAGUGGAAAACACGAAUGUUGAGGGAGACCUGUACAAGUAUCGCUUCCCUUAAUUAGGAUUGUAAAUAAUUUUAGUGGACAGAUUGCAUAAUCAUUGGGGGGGGGGGGUUAGCACCCAGGUAGAAUGGUACAAUCAGUUUUCAUUCUUUGGGAAUCAAACUGGUUUCUUUAGCAAUAAAAAGUAAAGUAACUCAUUUGAAAGCCUUUUUAUAUCAAGAUACAUACAAAUAUGGAACAGGAUGAAGUUGGAGCCAUCUGUGGGCCAGUGAUUUCAUUUGGUCAACUGACUUCAUUUUGUUGAUGUUAUGCUGUACGAACAUGUUCCAGAUUAGAGUUAUUCUAGGAAUAAAUAUUCCUUCAUUUACAAUGUAGCAAUGAAGCAAUACAUUAUGAUGUACAAUGUAAAUGUUGUAAUGUUUAUACAUGCAUUCAUUUGUGUAUGUUUUAUGUCAAAAUUCUGUACUUAAUGGUAAGUGGCAAAGUGAAGUUUUUAUAUCAAUCAUGCAAGAUUAUGCAGUGGUCCUUUGAGUUAUGAUAUUAAUCUGUUCCAGAAGAUAUAUUGUACCUCAAAAUUAUCUUGACUCAAACCCCAAAAUACAUGGUUUUAUGGUACGUAAUUCGUUCCAAGACCCUGGAAGUGUGACUUUUACUGUACCUUGGGUGCACAGCUAUGACAUGCAGGCACUCUCCCCCUUUAUCUGCUUCUAUCUAAUCCACUAUAGCUACAGUCUUUCCAUCUCCAUGAUAAUUUAUCUGCCUUUUUUCACUAGCCUUGAUUCAUCAACCACCUUGAUAUUCUUCAAUUUCUUUUUGCUUGAUAAUAGAGAUGAGUGAUUGAGGAAAGUUGUACUCACACACCAAUUCACUUAUUCCUAACUCAAGUGCUUUUUCACAAUUUCUUGCCUGAUCUUCCCCUCAUGGAAGGUUCCUUGAUGUUGGUGAGGGGCUCUUGAUUUAGGGAAUUGAAUCUGUGCUCCAGUUCCCCGAAUUAAGCCUGAAUGCCUUCCACAUCCCCCCCUGGGCGCUGUAUAAUCCUACGGGUUUAGCGCUUCCCCCUUGAUUAUAAUAAUAAUAAUAAAUCUUGCCUGAUCUUCAAAGAAAUUGCCUGUUUACUAUAUGCUUUAGAGGCCACAAUGACUUGGUAAUGCAAAAGAUUUCAUAUUUAAAUCAUAAAUGCAGUUAUGAAGGGUAAAUCAUCCAGAGUUGGUGCAAGCAACACACAUGAUACCUUCAAACUGAAGAGGAAACAAACUGUUGCAUAAAUACUGCUAUUAGCUGAGACACAUUCAUUCCCAUCACUGACUGGCUGCUAAACCACCCAACUGAAGCUCCUAUUGGGCCAGACACUGCCCAAGAGGCAAGCUACUACAUUGCUGGUUGGCUGAGGUACACCCACUCAUGCUGACCAUUGUACCUGUAUCUUAUCUCAACAUUUUCUUUGAAACUCAAAAACUAAAUUCCUUUAUGAAAGGUAAACAGUAAAUGUUAGGGUGUUGGGGAGAGAGGUGGGAUUAAAUUAUGGGGAAUCAAAUACAAAAUGGGAGUUGGCACAGUUACUUUUUGCUGAUGAUACCGUGCUUUUGGGGGAUUCUACAGAAAAGUUGCAAAGGUUAGUGGAUGAGUUUGGGAGGGUGUGUAAAAGUAGAAAGUUGAAAUUGAAUAUAGAUAAGAGCAAGGUGAUGAGGGUAUCAAACAACUUAGAUAAAGAAAAAUUUGAUAUUACAUUGGAGGGAGGGAGUAUGGAAGUGAAUGUUUUCAGAUAUUUGGGAGUUGACUUGUCAGUGGAUGGGUUUAUGAAGGAUGAGGUAAACCAUAGCAUUGAUGAAGGAAAAAAGGCGAGUGGUGCAUUGAGGUAUCUGUGGAGACAACAUUAUCCAUGAGGGCAAAGAAGGGAAUGUACGAGAGUACAGUGGACCCCCCGCAUAACGAUCGCCUCCGAAUGCGACCAAUUAUGUAUGUGUAUUUAUGUAAGUGCGUUAGUACGUGUAUGUUUGGAGGUCUGAAAUGGACUAAUCUACUUCACAAUAUUCCUUAUGGGAACAAAUUCGGUCAGUACUGGCACCUGAACAUACUUCUGGAGUGAAAAAAUAUCGUUAACCAGGGGUCCACUGUAUAGUGGUACCAACACACUUACGUUGGUGUGAAGCACAGGCUGUAAAUGCUGCAACAAGGUGGCGGCUAGAGGCAGUGGAGAUGUCGUGUCUUAGGGUAAUGUGCGGUGUAAAUAUUAUGCAGAGAAUUCGUAGUGUGGAAAUUAGGAGCAGGUGUGGAGUUACUAAAAGUAUUAGUCAGAGGGCUGUUGAGGUGGUUCGGUCAUUUAGAGAGAAUGGAACAAAGUAGAAUGACUUGUUGGGGAAGGAAGGUGGGGUAGGGGUCGUCCCCGAAAAGGUUGGAGGGAGGGGGUAAAGGACGUUUUGUGGGCAAGGUGCUUGGACUUCCAGCAAAUGUGCAUGAGCGUGUUAGAUAAGAGUGAAUGGAGACGAAUGGUUUUGGGGACCUGAUGAUAUGUUAGUGUGAGCGGGGUAAUAUUUUGUGAAGGGAUUCAUGGAAACCAGUUAGCCGGACUCAAGUCAUGGAAAUAGGAAGUACAAUGCCUGCACUUUAACCCUUAAACUGUCCAAAUGUAGAUCUACGUUUACGUGCAUAGCACUCCGACCUUUAUUUUCCUCAUUUGAAAGCAUGUAAAAAAAAUGUAGAUCUAUGUUUGGAGCAUUACGCAGGUGAACAUAAAUCUACGUUUGGACAGUUUAAGGGUUAAAUGAGGUGUUUAGGUUCCUAGUAAAUCGACCACGAUUAUUUUGUUGUCAGUGCUCAGAAAUCUGUGGUGCAAAUCAUAGAUUCAUAUCUAUUUUAAUCUAAAGAAUUUCAGUAGAUUCCUUCCUAAAUUAAAUUUCCAAUAACUCGGAACUAUUCCCCUAGCUGCACACACUGGGGCCUCUAGAUAACUUAUUCAAGUUUAGGUCUUUUAAAUCAAAAAAGCAGUUUGGAGGUAUGUCUAGACUGUCGUAUCUGAGCACCUCUGCAAAGACAGUGAUUAUGUAUGAGAGAUGGUGAAAGUGUUGAAUAAUGAUUAAAGUUUUUCUUUUUUUCUUUGUGCCUCGAUAGGAAAUGGCCGACAUGUUAAAAAAAAAUAGUAACUCAAACUUAUCCCAAGUCAAGAUCUUUGUAAGUCAAGGGGCCACUGUAUAAUAUGGGACACAAACUUCAAAUCAUAAAUACAUAGCCUAAUUGAAGUGAUUUCCUUUGCAUACCUAAUUCUUACAGUACAGGUAUUCAUAAGGCAAUGAUAAAGUAUUAACACAUGAAGGUGAAUAAGAAGCUGAAAUGCCAGUGCAGUAUAUAUUUCUUAUUACUAAUAUUUUAAUGUAUCUUGUAAAGCAGACUGAGGUUAGAUAAAAUAAAAUCAUUCCACAGAUAUCUUUAUGAAGUAGUGGUACAUGUUAUGUAGAGAAGAAACAGACCAUGAUAAUACUGUAUAUUCAAAUUCUGCCAGUGUCCUAAUUCUGUGUAUUGCACAACUAAAUAUUAAAAAUACUUGUACAUCUAAUUACUGGUAGUCUCCUCAAUAACCUAAAGCAUAAAAGUCAUGCACACCAUUUUAUAAUGCAUAAGUACAAACACUAAGAAAUAUUAAUAGUAAAUACCAAUUAUUGGCUUUAAAUAAUUUGCUAUAAUAAAAUACUUCUUUUUUAGUAUGUCAACUGUGUUCUACCAGGACAACCCAGUAAAAGAAAUUCUUUCUCCAUCAUUCACUUCUUAACUGUAAAUUAUAUAUUCACAAAUUAAAGUCAACCCUUGCCUAAUGACCUAGAUGAUGACAAGACAAAAUGUUCCAUAAGCAAAAAAUACAUUAGGAGAUUCACAUGUUCCCACCCAUGUUAUAACCCAAGAUGCCAACCAAGACAACAAUGUUCCAUAUCUAAUUGCUGUACAGCCCCUUGCAGCGCUGUAUAGCCCUUGUGGCUUAGCGCUUCUUUUUGAUUAUAAUAAUAAUGUACAGCCCUUGUGGCUUAGCGCUUCUUUUUUAUUAUAAUAAUAAUCCAUAUCUAAUUGCUAUUAUUUUUUGGAAAGGGGAAAGGGUGAGAUUUGUAAUUAUGCUCUGUACUCAAGAGAUUGUCUUCCCUUCCUCCCAUGCCUUUUUUUUUUCUCUUCUCUCCUAUAUCCUCUUAUCUUUCCCAGCUAGGAAGUGAACACUACAGUCUCUGAUUUCAGCCAUAGCACAACUUUGUAAUCAAGCAGUUUUAUUCUGAAAGUUUAGCACCUUUUUAUAAAUGUAAUGACACUACUACACAUCUGAAUUGUCUGCAAAUUGUAUGUUAUGAUGGUCAAUGGGAGGAUGGCUAAGCAGUCUGCCAGUAACUUCUGCUGGUAAUCUCUCUCCCUAGCAUUUACUGUGAUGUGUGACUGAUUUAGUUUUUUUUUCUACCCUACUCGCCCAACCUUUGGUAAAAUUUCCUUGUCAAAUACCUAUUCAAAAAAAAGCUCAUAGUUGGCCUACAACUACUACAGCCUGAUUGAUCCAGUUUCCUUUUAAAGGCUUCUACAUUUGUUCUGGCAAUAUUUCCAAUAUCUGAUGGUAGCAGGCUUAAUCGACUUGAGCCAUAGAUAUUGAAAGUUUCUCUUAAUGUGUAUAUGGUGCCUCUACUUUGCACUAGAUUUAUUUUACACUUCCUUCCAUGUCCCUCCAGUAAGUGAUGGUAGUGUGUAGAAUUAGGACCUGGCCCUUCCAUAUCUUCCAGGUACAUAUUGCAGUAUCAUCUCUCUCAUCUUUGCUCCAGAGUAUUAAUAUUAGUUACAGAUACAAGUCUUCAUUAGCAGCUAUGACUACAAGACAGCAAAUUUAAAGAGCCAUCAAGUUUUACAGGCAAUACUCUUUCAAACACCCCUUCAUGACUGGCUUUCACCUAAUGAAACCAUGAGAAUAAGCAAUUUCCCUAACAGUACUAUUGUGUUGAAGCACUUUUUAUGGAUAUGACAGUAAUGGAACACUGCCCCACAUAUGAAUUUCUGUAAUUCUUAUUUAUUACGAUGGAAGUAUGGGAAAGAGGGAGACGAGGCAGUCAUGAUGGAAAACAAAACUAUCUCUUGACUGUCCCUAGCAUAAAUGUCAAAACAUGCAAAGUGUAUUCUCUACCACACAAUUUAAGAGUUUAGUGCUCUUUGUGAAUAUAAUAAAAUUACCUCACAUUUUAUCUGUCCAACUUGUGUAUGCCAUAAUCGAAAACAGUCAGGAGUUUAAUAUGGAUGUGACAUGGUGAAGGCAAGCCAAAUGCACCAGCACCACCACUCCUGUUGCUGCUGCACCCACACUACUAGCUUGGAGGGUUCCAAUUUGUUUGAUACAAAUUAGCCAAGGAAUGUAUUAUUAUAUUACUGUUGAUCAACAGAUAUGUUCACUUCUUUAUUUUUCUCUAUUUUUUCUAGUGAAUUUAAAUGUGUAUACACUAUUUGUUGAUGGUUGACACCCUAGAAUGAGGUAGUAAUGCAAAACUGGUAAAUAAGUGGAGAAAUUUAGUUUUUCCCCAUUAUUCAAAAUUACAGCAUGUGAACUUUCAUUAAGCUAGGGUUGACUGUGCUAGGAAAAUUUCUUAAUUAUUUUCUAAUACUGGCAAUUUUGUUUAUAGUCUCUUCUCUCUUACAAAAAAAAAAUGGUAAAACAAUAUACUAGACCUUAAAUGCAGAAACAAUAUCUUCUCAAAAAAUACCCUAAAAACUUUGUAAACUAUUAAAACGUAUUGUACAUAUACAUUAUAA